AUGACAAAAUACACUACUCUUGCGAUCUUCAUCGUCUUAUUUCUAGGGAUGGUGGCGGCGAAAGAGACACAAGGACAGAGUAUCUGUCGUCAGAUUCUCCUAAACGACAGCUGCGAUGGACCCUUGUGCACAGAACUGUGUGACAGGAAAUUGGGUGGAUUUGGCCAGUGUUACCGAACAGUUGACAGACGCUUUAUUUGCCUCUGCAAUUUUAUUUGCUAG